ACUAAGAUUUGUUCAAAAAUAUACGUCAACCGUCAUCAUCAAACUAUCUUUUGUUAAAACGACGAAUGUUUUGAGUUUUCGUCAUUUAUUGAAGUUACGCAAAAUUUGAAUUAAUACUUUAAUAAUGGCUCAAUUCAAUUAUUUAAAUGAAUUCAAUAAUAUUAUGUCACUUGACGGUGCUAUAACAAAGGGACCGUUACCUAGAUGGCAAAAGAAAGAACUGGAUGCUUCGACCAGCAGUUCUAGCGGUAAUAUUUCUCGACAAAAGUUGUCCAAGAGUCAGCUGUGUAAUUCUAGUAGUACAACUUCUAAAACGCCUAACAAAUAUAAACCUGGAGGCAGUAAGAAGACACCUUCAAAAACACCAAAGAAGUCCUCUGGCACACCGACUCCAGGUAAAUUGACAAAAACACCUGGAGAUGUAGGUGAUCGUUUUAUCCCUUCAAGGGCUAACUCCAAUUUCGAACUAGGGCAUUUCAAAUUUAAUCAACAAUCUAGUCAAGAGAAUGGCGAAGAUCAAGUGGUUUCCAGUCGGGAAUCUGAGAUGCAGAGACUCGUCAAUAACGCAUUAGGUAAUAAUCCUAACCAAAGAAUUUUAGCAUACUCAAAUAAAGCACCAGCUGCUCCUGAUUCUCAUCAAAAUCCUCUAAAGGUGGUUUAUUCACAAUCACGUACACCUGCAAGUGCUAAAGCAGGUUCCAGGUACAUUCCUCAUGCCCCAGAUAGAAUAUUGGAUGCCCCUGAAAUAAUUGAUGACUACUAUUUAAAUUUACUGGACUGGAGUCCCGAUAAUGUAUUAGCUGUUGCACUAGGCAAUCAAGUAUAUUUAUGGCAUGCUGAAUUUGGCACCACGGAAGAAUUGUUAGGGUAUGAAGGUAAUGAACAUGCUUGUUCUUUAGCUUGGGUUGGUCAAGGCAAUCAUUUAGCUAUAGGAACUUCUGAAGGUAAUGUAGAGGUAUGGGACUGCAAUCAUAUGAAACGAUUGCGUGUUAUGAGUGGACAUGGUGGUCGAGUUGGAUCUUUGUCAUGGAAUAACUAUGUUAUAACUUCUGGCAGUCGCACUGGUCACAUUAUUCACAGUGAUGUUAGACAGCGUGAACAUCUUAUAUCCAAUAUUGACGCUCACGAUCAGGAAGUCUGUGGAUUAAAAUGGUCUCCAGAUGGCAGAUAUUUGGCAUCUGGUGGAAAUGAUAAUAUUUUAAAUGUAUGGUCUGCUGUCAGAGGCCAAUGUUAUGGAGAAACUACUCCUGUACAUGUUUUCAAUUCACAUCAAGCAGCAGUCAAAGCUAUUGCAUGGUGCCCUUGGCAAAAUAAUAUUUUAGCAAGUGGAGGAGGCACUGCUGAUCGUUGUAUAAAAAUUUGGAAUGUCAAUACAGGAACUAGUGUUAGCUCAACAGAUACCCACAGCCAAGUUUGCGCUCUGUGUUGGGCACCGCAAUAUAAAGAAUUAGUAUCAGGGCAUGGAUUUACUGACAACCAGUUAAUCAUCUGGAAAUUCCCUGCUAUGACGAAACAAGCUGAAUUAAGAGGGCAUACUGCCAGAGUUUUGAAUUUAGCGCUUUCUCCAGAUGGUACAACAAUCAUGAGUGCUGGAGCUGAUGAAACUCUAAGAUUAUGGAAAUGCUUUGUACCAGACCCAUUGAAGAAAAAGUCAGGCGUUGAAACUUCGAAACAGAGCUUAAUUUUGAGACAAUGCAUUCGGUAAUUGUUUUAA